AUGGAGAUGGAGGUGGAGGCCGCGGAGGACGAGAAGGCCGGGCCCGCGGCAGGCGAGAAGCGGGGGGCCGCCGACCCGCCGGGGGCCGCUCCCGCCGGCGGCGGCCAUUACGAGCUGCCCUGGGUGGAAAAAUACAGACCCAUGAAACUAUGUGAAAUAGUUGGAAAUGAAGACACAGUCAGCCGAUUGGAGGUCUUUGCAAAAGAGGGCAACGUACCAAAUAUUAUAAUUGCUGGUCCCCCAGGAACAGGUAAAACCACCAGUAUCCUGUGCUUGGCUCGUGCUUUGCUUGGUCCUGCAUUAAAGGAUGCUGUUCUGGAGCUGAAUGCCUCAAAUGACAGAGGCAUUGAUGUUGUGAGAAACAAAAUCAAAAUGUUUGCCCAGCAAAAGGUCACACUUCCAAAAGGUCGGCAUAAAAUAAUCAUCCUUGAUGAAGCAGACAGCAUGACAGAUGGAGCACAGCAAGCAUUGAGAAGAACAAUGGAAAUUUAUUCCAAAACAACGCGCUUCGCACUUGCGUGCAAUGCCUCUGACAAAAUCAUAGAACCUAUUCAAUCCCGGUGUGCAGUGCUGCGUUACACCAAGCUGACAGAUUCACAGAUCCUUGCAAGGCUACUGAAAAUUGUUGAGAAAGAGGAUGUACCAUAUACAGAUGAUGGACUAGAAGCCAUUAUCUUCACAGCCCAAGGAGAUAUGAGACAGGCAUUAAACAACUUACAGUCCACAUAUUCUGGAUUUGGCUUUAUAAACAGUGAAAACGUCUUUAAGGUAUGUGACGAGCCUCAUCCUCUGCUUGUGAAAGAAAUGAUACAACACUGCGUAAAUGCAAAUAUUGAUGAAGCGUACAAGAUUCUUGCCCACUUGUGGCGACUUGGAUACGCUCCAGAAGAUGUGAUUGGCAACAUCUUCCGUGUGUGUAAAACCUUUCAAAUGCCAGAAUAUCUGAAACUGGAAUUUAUCAAGGAAAUCGGGUACACUCAUAUGAAGAUAGCAGAAGGUGUGAACUCACUUUUACAAAUGGCUGGACUGCUGGCCAGGCUGUGUCAGAAGACCGCAGCCCCUGCAGCGAGUUAGAUGUUUCACUGAGCUGAAGCCGGCGUUCUGGAAGGUGAAGGCCUGGCGUGCAAGGGCAGCAGCUCCGUGUGUGUCCUGAAUUCUGCAUGCAAAGAGCCUGUUCCCUUGGUUUUGCUAAAUCGCAGAAAAAUAACCAGGUUCUAUUGUAAAACUGGUUUGUACUUUUUUAUUUAGACCAUUAAAGCUUUAAAAUUUACUUUAA